GAAUGAUUUAGCAGUAUAGCUCUGGCAGUGAAUGAAUUAAGUUCCUAACAAGCAAAAUGUUGAAAGUGCGCAGCGGUCUAUCUAUAAUUCAGGCGCAAAAAGCAGCCCUCUCUGUCAGCAGUCCGCUGCGUUGGCAGACCACAGCAGCUGUAGCAGAGCCCAGAAAUGAUGCAGAGUGGCUACAAGCUCGUCCCUUUGAUCAGAUUCCUAGUACAACUUUUCUGUCUACUGUUCGGAAUUUUAUGCCUGGAGGAAAAUAUAGCAAACUGGACAUUGUGAAAUUGUUCAAAGCUUUGCAAGACGACUAUGGAAACAUAUUAUAUUUACCAGGUAUGAUGGGAGGUACGUCAUACCUGAUGACUCACAAUCCCAAGGACUUCGAGGUCGUGUUCCGGAACGAAGGAGUGUGGCCGCAUCGGCCUGGCAGCGAUACUCUUCGCUAUCAUCGGAAGACUCAUAGAAAGGAUUUCUUCCAGGGAGUGGAGGGAGCUUUACCCACACAAGGAAAAACCUGGAGCGACUUUCGAUCGGCUCUAAAUCCUGUCCUAAUGCAGCCGAAGAACGUGCGGCUUUACUAUAAGAAGAUGUCCCAAGUGAACCAGGAGUUUGUGCAACGUAUUAAAGCACUCCGUGAUAUCGAUACCCAGGAAGCUCCAGAUGAUUUCUUAAACGUUAUAAAUCGGUGGACCCUCGAGUCAGUCUCUGUGGUGGCUCUGGACAAGCAGUUGGGACAGCUCAAAGAGUCGGGCGAUAACGACCAGGCUGUGUUACUCUUCAAGUACCUGGACGAUUUUUUUGAAUUAACAGCCGAUCUGGAGAUGAAGCCCUCCAUCUGGCGUUACGCUAAAACACCCAAGCUAAUGAAGCUAAUGAAGUCCCUAGAUGGCGUUCAAGAAAUAACUUCAGCGUAUGUAGACGAAGCUAUAGAGCGUCUAGAGAAAGAGGCCAAGGAGGGUGUUGUCCGCCCUGAGAGCGAUUAG